GUCAAAUUACUGUUUUAGAAUCGAGUACUUAAAGAUACAGUUAAGAUUGAAAUUUCCAUUCGAAUUCCAAUGCAAUGCAAGCAAUCUUAAACUAGGCCAGUGUCUCUGCUCCCAAUAUUAUUCAACCCGCUGGGCUUUACCCGACCCGGGAUUCUUCAUGGAAGAUAAUUGUGCUGUUGGCGGUGAGCCGUCGAGAGUGGUCGCACCGAAGAUGGUGAAGGCUGGUGACCGCCAGGUUUUUACGGUCGAGCUCCGACCAGGAGAGACAACGUAUGUUUCGUGGAGGAAGCUUGUCAAAGACGCCAAUCGGGCCCAUGGAUCUUCUCCCGCUGCCGUUUCCGUUGCCGCUACUACGUCUGUGGUGGCGGCGCCAGCACCUGAGCCGCCGCCGAAUGCUCACCCUAACCUCCAGUCCCGCAUCGCUCCCGGACAAACGGUUGACAAUGAAACGAAAGAUGAGCCAGUCCCAAAUCGUUUUAGUGCUGUUAUUGAGAAGAUUGAACGUCUUUACAUGGGUAAAGAUAGCAGUGAUGAGGAAGAACUGGAUGAAACUCCAGAUGAUGAUCAGUAUGAUACAGAAGACUCUUUUAUUGAUGAUGCAGAGCUGGAUGAAUAUUUUGAAGUUGAUAAUUCAGCUAUAAAACACGAUGGGUUUUUUGUUAAUAGGGGAAAGUUGGAAAGAAUAAAUGAACCUCCUGUGGUACCUAACCAGCAGCCCAAGAAAAGGAGAAGAAGAGAUGCUGAAAAACUUCCCAAUGAGAGCGACGACGGUCAUGUGUCAAAUAAACAUGCAAAGGCAGCAAAGUUGAUGUCAGGGAGGGCUGAACCACCUCCUGCGAAGAAUAAUUCUAAAUCUCCUCAGAAUUUGACUGCAUUAGAUGAACAAUACAGGGAUGUAAAAGCUCAGAAUCAAUUAUCAGUAUCUGGUGUUCCUUCCAAGAAGAAAUCUUCUGAGACAAGACUAGCAUUGGAUUCUUCUUCAUAUUUGAAAGAUUCAAAUGGUGGCACUUCUGUACCUUUGGCAGAUGUCAAGGAUAUUGAAAACUCGAAAAUAGGAUUUCCUCAGUCAAAAAGUGUUGUCAGUAACAACUUGAAAGAUGCAACUGGAUCCUUUGAUGUUUUGCGUCAGGAAUACCAUGAUAAAAGUGCUCUCACUCAAUCCAAACCUCAGCAUGGAAAACUAAGCAGCAAUGCUGAGAAGCUUGAACAAUCAGUUCGAGCAAGAGAGAACAAUGGCAUUCGUGAAUUGGCAGACAUUAAUGUUUCUGAUGGCAUACAUGCUAUUCAUACAGCUAAAUCCUCAUAUAUGGUGAAAAAGGAUGGUUCUACUCUUAGGCACAAAAUUUCCGUGCUUGAAAAGGCCAUUAGGGAGCUAGAGAAGAUAGUUACAGAAUCAAGGCCGCCUGCUGUGGAAAAUCAAGAGGCUGAUACUUCAUCCCAGGGGAUUAAGAGGAGAUUGCCCAGAGAAAUAAAGCUCAAGCUUGCGAAAGUUGCUAGAUUAGCUGCAAGCCAGGGGAAAGUUUCCAAUGAGUUACUAAGUCGCCUUAUGAGCAUCCUUGGUCACUUAAUACAGCUAAGAACACUUAAGAGGAACCUCAAAAUCAUGAUUAAUAUGGGUGUCUCACCAACAGCAAAGCAAGAAAAAGACGCUAGAUUUCAACAGAUCAAGAAGGAAGUCACUGAGAUGAUAAAGACAAGACUUCCUCCUUUCGAGACAAAGGUAUUGGAACAGCAACCCAGAGCUUCUGAUGAUUUUCAAGAUGUUGGUUCUGAAGAAAGAGUUUUUAGAAAAAAAUUUAGCAUGGACGCACCACUGGAGAACAAGAUUUGUGAACUUUAUGACCUCUAUGUUGAUGGAUUAGAUGAAGAUGCUGGUCCACAAAUCAGAAAGCUUUAUGUAGAGCUUGCACAGCUGUGGCCAAAUGGUAUGAUGGACAACCAUGAGAUUAAACGUGCAAUUUGUAAGGCGAAGGAAAGACGAAGAGCAAGGUACAACAGACGUAAGGAUCAAGAGAAAAUCAAGAGGAAAAAGAUGUUGGAACCAGGAGUGGAUGAGAGUGCUCGAGUGGAUUCUUCCUCGAGUGCACAGUCACAGCACACUCAAGAGAAGUUGGCUAGUGAUCCCGGUACCCAAGCUUUACUUCCAAUUCAUAAGUCGAUUUCCAACUCAACUACAGCUGCUGUCCGUGCUCCGAGUCCCUCGACAGAUGAUUCCAAUUUUGACAGACUCAAACAGGAUAAGUUAAAGGGCAUCUCAAGCAAUGCCAUGGAUGAUGAAAUCAAGAUGGCGGAUGCCUCACUGCCAAAGAAAAAGGCAAAAAGGAAGCCGGAAACGGAGUUGGAUGAGCCUCAUUGCCAGCCCGAAAAGUUAGCUCUGCAACAAGGCACCAGCGACUGGCACAAGUCCAUCAAACAGCCAAUGAAUCUUGCUCCAAAAUCAAAUGUUCCGGCAACAGCUACGGGUUUCAAACACUAAAGCUAGCACAAUAAACGCUCGAUUCCAGCCAUCUGAUUUUUAUGUUGGUUACAUUAUGGAAAGCUUCAUUGUUCCUGAGUUCCAUUGAUGAAAAUAAAUUUUCUUCGUAGGAGAUAGCGAAGUGGUUGUACGGAAAAUAUAAUUUUCUAGGCUUAGGCAGCUUUGCUUUCAGCUUCAACAUUUUUAGAGGUUAUACUAACACGCAAUUUCACAACUUUA